CGCACGAGGGGCGCGAGGGCGUAGCGCGCGCUCGCAGACGCGGCACUAUUAAACGGCUGCAGACGCAGCGAACUGGUUGUGGGCUUCCUGCGUCUCAGGCUUUCGUGGGUGCGUUACUCCGCUCGCUUUCAUCCUCUGAAGCCUAAGCCGGCCGCACGUUUCUCCUUCCCUCCGCCUGUAGCCGUGUCGUUGCGACUCCGCCACCAUGUUCGAGGCGCGCCUGGUCCAGGGCUCCAUCUUGAAGAAGGUGCUGGAGGCGCUGAAGGACCUCAUCAACGAGGCCUGCUGGGACAUCAGCUCGAGCGGCGUCAACCUGCAGAGCAUGGACUCGUCCCAUGUCUCCUUGGUGCAGCUCACCCUGCGCUCCGAGGGCUUCGACACGUACCGCUGCGACCGCAACUUGGCCAUGGGCGUGAACCUCACCAGCAUGUCCAAAAUACUAAAAUGUGCUGGCAAUGAAGACAUCAUUACACUAAGGGCUGAAGAUAACGCCGACACCUUGGCACUAGUAUUUGAAGCUCCAAAUCAAGAAAAGGUUUCAGACUAUGAAAUGAAGUUAAUGGAUUUAGAUGUUGAACAACUUGGAAUUCCAGAACAAGAGUAUAGCUGUGUAGUAAAGAUGCCUUCUGGUGAAUUUGCACGUAUAUGCCGAGAUCUCAGUCAUAUUGGAGAUGCUGUUGUAAUUUCCUGUGCAAAAGAUGGAGUGAAAUUUUCUGCAAGUGGAGAACUUGGAAAUGGAAAUAUUAAGUUGUCACAAACGAGUAAUGUUGAUAAAGAGGAGGAAGCUGUUGCCAUAGAGAUGAAUGAACCAGUUCAGCUAACUUUUGCACUGAGGUACCUGAACUUCUUUACAAAAGCCACUCCACUGUCUCCUACAGUAACACUCAGUAUGUCUGCAGAUGUACCCCUUGUUGUAGAGUAUAAAAUUGCUGAUAUGGGACAUUUAAAGUACUAUUUGGCUCCCAAGAUCGAGGAUGAAGAAGGAUCUUAGACAUUCUUAAAAUUCAAGGAAAUAAAACUAAGCUCUUUGAGAACUGCUUCUGAGAUGCCAGCACAUACUUAAGUCUCUUUUGUCUUUGUACCUCUGAGUACAUAUGUAGAUAUUGUUUUCUGUAAAUAAUUUUUUUUCUCUAUUCUCUACAAUUUGUUUAAAGGAUAAAGUCCAAAGUCAAAUCUGGUCUUGUUAACCUAAUAAUACUUCUGCCUUACCUUAUAAUUUUUAUAAACAAAAGGGUUUUGACUCUAAGUGCAGUUUUAAGUAUUGUUUUCAAUUUGAAUAAAAGUCAUUUGAAUUUCAA